AUGAAAGACACCAUCAAGACGCAGACUCCGCAUCAAUCUCAACUUAGCACAUUUGGUGCGGAUAAAAAGCGCACAGCAGACGCUGCAUUCCUACCGCACGCCAUUCCUCACCUCUCGAAUCUCAAAGAAGUCACACUCACACUCGGCCACUUCAAGUCGGUUCGAGAUUGCGAUGUCUUGGGUAGCUCUAAGAGUGUCAAAUACCUCACAAUCAUGAUCGAAGUCAUCAAAUCGGAUGACGCUAAUUUAAUAGCACGGGAACUAUGCGACCGAUAUUCAAACAUAGCACAACUGAACAUAUACCGCUACGAGAAUGCCUACAGAGGUUUCACACCGCCGAAAAAGAAACGUUUCAUGGUGGCUCUAGAAUACGCUCUACGACACACUAACCCACUUCCACAUCUCAAGACGGUACUCUUCAAGUAUUAUGAAAGGCACAUGGAAAACACGAAGCAAUCUUGGAAAGCGUUCAAGGAGAUAAAAGACAUGAAACGCAUUGUGGAGGUUUUGGCUGGGUGCCACACCAACCACGCCUUUCAAUUCGAUGGAAGUGUGUUCGAACUACUCAAAGCAAUCAGUAGACAGUUACAAGAGGAAUACCACACGAGUAAAGAGUUCAACACACACAUAACUCCCGAUGUGUUCCACACUGCUUUGCUAAGUGUCAUAUCUAAUUACAGACCAAAUCACGAACCUAAUUUGAGAGUUAUGCUGGAGGCUACUAGCGAAAUAGAUGAACUAAAUGACUUCGAUCUUGUUCUUGAAGAAAUUUUCUUCACUGCGAUCGGUACGGCACGCAUCGGAGGGUAUUUUUGA